CUCCACAUUUUAGCAAUGGCCGGACCUCCGUUUGGCACAGCAAGUGCGUACGCCGACGCAUUUCCCGCCCCGCCGCCGAAGACUCUUACUCUUGGCGCCGAGACCUGCUUCAACCUGACAGUCUUUAGGGACCUCGUUCGGCAAUAUCGUAAGCUCGACGACCAGGUCGUUACCCGCUUGAAUCGCGCGCAGGCCCAGCUCCGCGACGAGGCCCGCGUGGGCAAGGGGAGCGGGAAUGAAGGCAUGUGCGCCCAAAUGUGGGGUGAGGUCAUGGCCGGAUGGGCUCACCGCCAAACACUCAUCACAUACUGCCAGAACACGGUAGAGUCGUCUGCCGCUGCCAAGCACGCGGGAGAGUCCGCGCCUGCACCGCACCGCGGUGCCCUCGAAGAGCAGCGCAUCGCGGAGCAGCUGGGCUCCGAGGCCAUGAUUGAGGCCAUCAUUCGUAAACGUACUCUCGACGUAUUUAGGCAGCGCUGUCCGUUCUUCGCACCUACCACGGACGCUGGACGUGUGUGGUGGGAGUUAGCGGAUGGCGGGCGACCAGGCGCGGGGCCAAGCGUUUAAUGUCCACAAAGCAUCGUCUGACACUGUUGUUCAACUAUUCAUGCAUCCCACAACCUGCUCACAUGCAAUGCUACACG